GCGAUAGAGACGCCACACUCAGAGCUAGACUUCCACAUCCUCCCGCGGACUCGCACCGACCUCCAAAAGCACAUCCAGCCUGAGCCCCCUCGCCUCCAACCGCGGCAUGGCCACCAUCACCUGCACCCGUUUCACCGAGGAGUACCAGCUUUUCGAAGAACUGGGCAAGGGAGCGUUUUCAGUGGUGCGCAGAUGCGUGAAGGUGCUGUCAGGACAGGAGUAUGCAGCCAAAAUCAUCAACACCAAGAAGCUUUCCACCCGUGAUCACCAGAAGCUGGACAGAGAGGCCAGGAUCUGCAGGCUGCUGAAGCAUCCCAACAUUGUACGCCUCCAUGACAGUAUCUCUGAGGAAGGACACCACUACCUUAUCUUCGAUUUAGUUACGGGUGGAGAGCUCUUUGAAGACAUUGUCGCCAGGGAAUAUUACAGUGAGGCCGAUGCCAGCCAUUGUAUCCAGCAGAUCCUGGAGGCAGUGCUUCAUUGCCAUCAGAUGGGAGUCGUCCACAGAGAUCUCAAGCCUGAGAAUCUCCUCCUGGCUUCCAAAUCCAAGGGUGCCGCGGUGAAGCUGGCGGACUUCGGCCUGGCCAUCGAGGUGGAGGGAGAGCAGCAGGCGUGGUUCGGCUUUGCUGGGACACCUGGUUACCUGUCUCCGGAGGUUCUGCGGAAGGACCCCUAUGGGAAGGCGGUGGAUCUGUGGGCGUGCGGAGUUAUCCUGUACAUCCUGCUCGUGGGAUACCCCCCGUUCUGGGAUGAGGACCAGCACCGGCUCUACCAGCAGAUCAAGGCUGGGGCGUACGACUUCCCCUCUCCUGAGUGGGACACAGUAACCCCCGAGGCGAAGGACCUCAUCAACAAGAUGCUGACCAUCAACCCAGCCAAGCGCAUUACUGCGGCUGAGGCCCUCAAGCACCCCUGGAUCUCACACCGGUCCACAGUGGCCUCCUGUAUGCACAGGCAGGAGACCGUGGAGUGCCUGAAGAAGUUCAAUGCCAGGAGGAAGCUGAAGGGUGCCAUCCUGACCACCAUGUUGGCAACACGGAACUUCUCUGGGGGGAAGACCAGCAAGAAGGCAGAUGGAGUGAAGAAAAGGAAGUCCAGUUCCAGCGUCCAGCUCAUGGAAUCUUCAGAGAGCACCAACACGACCAUCGAAGAUGAGGACACCAGAGUGAGGAAACAGGAGAUUAUCAAAGUUACUGAGCAGCUAAUAGAAGCCAUCAGCAAUGGAGACUUUGAGAGUUACACGAAGAUGUGCGAUCCCAGCGUGACGGCCUUCGAACCCGAGGCCCUGGGGAAUCUAGUGGAGGGUCUGGACUUCCACCGGUUUUACUUCGAGAACCUGUGGUCGAAGAACAGCAAGCCGGUGCACACCACCAUCCUGAACCCGCACAUCCACCUCAUCGGGGAGGAGGCGGCCUGCAUCGCCUACAUUCGCAUCACGCAGUACAUCGACCCCAACGGCAUGCCACGCACCGCGCAGUCCGAGGAGACGCGCAUCUGGCACCGGCGGGACAGCAAGUGGCAGAUCGUCCACUUCCACCGCUCCGGCUCUCCCUCCGCCAUUACCAAGUAAAUCCACCCGCUGAACUGCGGAAGCGGAGGAAUUGAAUGAGACGUGUCUCCAUGGCACCAGUCAUCAGCUGCCUGUGUGUGGGAAGGGUGUGUGCGUCACACGCCUGCCUGUGGAACCGCCCUCCGUAUUUCACCACCGAUCGUGUGUCUCUUCACUCCAUCCAUACCAAUGCUAUGUUGCUAUCUUUAAAAUAACAGAACACAAACAAACUAUGAUCCAUAUACACAGUAUAUCAUUUGUCACUUUAUUUAAUCUUCCCUUCCCAUUUGUCUUACUUAUUAUGACUUUGAUAUACAGCGAGGUCCAUGAGUAUUUGGACUGAGACUACAAUUUUAAAGGGCUGUAAUUCCUAUACGGAUGUAAAUAUCCUCAAAUUAACAUUAUAACGUUUUACCCUUUAAUCUGUGUUCGAAUUACAGACCUUGGAAAUUGUGUCACUGUCCAAAUCAUACAGAUGUCACUGUUAUUAUGAAUAGAUACACUACUGGUUUUUCAACAUUACCAGUCUACGACUUGCUUAAACCUUCCCGUGCCACUGUUAGUUACCUUUAAAUCGGAGCAGUUUUGACUAAUACGUGGAUGCUUCUUGUUCAAAACACAGUAAAACCACAGCAGUGCCAUUGACAUUUAGCCUCAGAGUGCUGCUACAAAGUGGUGUUUCCAUCUUCCAGAUACGCAUUGUACAUGACUAUGAUGAUCAUUAGUUGAAUUAUAGAUUUUACCCCUAUUCAAAUCCACCUGGCUGAUCCCAUUGGUUUUCAAUUAAACUGAACAAAUACUGUAGCUGUGACAUAAUGUCCAGCUUCAGAACAUUUGAGCUUCUCUUUCAGUGUCUGCAGGUAUUUACUCCUACCGUGCGCUACACCACCUGAAUUCACUCGUUAUUUUACCUAUUUGGUUCAGAUAAUAAGCUAAUUGGGGAAAUCCGGUGGUGUAGCGUAUGGUUGAUGCAAAUAUCUGCAGACAUUGUGGCCAGCAGGACGUGGAGUUCAGUAGCUGUCCUAGAUUAUUAUCCUUUGUGUGGUGCACAGUGAUGACCUCAUAUGCUUUUUCCACCAAUCAAAUUACUGUCUCUCUGAGUAGAACAUAGUGGACUGUCUGGUCGAUAUUCAUGAAAGCAAAGGGUCAAAACAUUUUAAUUUCCAUUCCAUACUGUAUAUGUACACAACCUCAACUGUAACUCAGUCGGGCAGAAUAUAAAAACAAAUGUUCUAUAAUUGUUAAAAUUGGGCACAAAAAGAAGAAGGAAGAAAUGGGUGUUCUCUCAUUUGAUUGUACCUGCCCCUGCUGUAAUUUAAAUGUAUAAUUGAACUACAUUUUUCCAAAGUUUUGCUCUAUGAGGAACCAGUGUUGGAGCCUUUUUUAUAUUUUUCUUCAACAGCAGGGGGGGGUAUAUCGUUCUCUGAGUGAGUUCAGGGUGGUUUUACAGUAUCUGGCUAUUGUUACUGUAUCUCUGCAGACCUCUUUAAAACAUGAGGAGGCCAGAUCCUUCGGUAUAGAUGUACAGAUCAGGUGCUCAAAACCAGAACUUGAUGUAGAUGAUGUGUUUGACUACUUUAUAUGUCUUUCCCCCAAAACUCCCUAUUAAAUAUUGCAUAGACUGGGACCUUAGAAUUAUAUGGUUCUAACUGACAUUUUUUGCAUAAAUGUGUGAAGUUCUACAGAAAGAUACUGUUUAAAUGUAUGGGGAAAAAAAGCUGCAUUUAAAGGGUUGUAUCUGCUUGGUGCCCUUUCACUUUGGUAUCUUUGAAGUUCAAGAUCUCCAAACUGCUCAGAACUCAGGUAGAAACGUAUAAUUCCAAGGUCACGAGACGGUGAACGUUCACGCUAAAAACUUUAUUGAUUUCCACAGUCACAAAUUGUGUGUGUUUGUUGUAAGACAUUACACAGAGUCAGGUACUGCCUGUGGAGGUAGGGUGAUCAGCGCACUUUGUUUUUUGGUUCUUCCAGUAAAGAUGCUGAGUUCAUAGUCGCUUCCCCACAGCAGCACUCCGUCCGUCUGUCCGCUUGGCUGUGUGUCCACCGCAGUGACGAGGGCUUCGGGUGAUCCGCUGUUGACACGGCCGAGCUCGGCGGCCAGAGGGGGAAUUCUGUGUUGUGCUUAGCGCGUAUCAGGCUUCAAAAACAAAAAGCAAUUUGUUCAAAGGCCAAUGAAACUACCCAGAGGUUUUUUGCAAUAAAACAUAUCGGUGUUUUUGUUGUUGUUGUUAUUGUUGUUGUUGUUGUUGUUGUCGUUGUUGUACAGGCUGGCAUUUUCACAUUCAGAUUUUACAGUGGCGUGUAAAAGUGGCGUUUUGUUUGGAUUCGAAAGUUUUUAAUUACCUGCUUUUUUGUUGCCAUGGUUCCUUAUCUGCUUCGGCUUGUUAACUCACAUUAAUGCCACAUUAAAACUGCAUGAAUUGGGUCAAAAUUAGUUGCACAUUGUUUUUACCUUCCCCCCUCGAUAAUGCAAGAUGAACACUGGAAUGUAUCGUUCUGAAUAUAUGACAUUAUAAAUCGUGUUUUAAGGCCAAUUGGGCAGAGAGGGAUUUGUGUGUUUGGACGAAGAAGAAUUACAAGCAGCUGUACUAUGAAAAAUAUAAAAGCAGUAUAAAUAUGCCUUUUAUCAAUAACGAACCUAGCAUUGUUGUACAACUGUGGACUCACAGAUAGACACAUAUGCAUUCAGGGACAGACUAACUCAUCAUGAAUGUCCCACACUUGUACAGUACAAUGCACUCCAGCAGACUGUAGAUGAAAAUGGGUUACAUUUGACAAUGUGGUGAAAACCAUUAUCAGCUUCCCAAAUAUGACAAUACAAUAAUAGAAAAAAAUCUAAUAAAAUUACUGCUAGGAAAUGAACCACUACCUGAAGAUGUACAGGAUUCCAUGACUUCUUUCUUAGACACUCCUUGUACAUACUGCUUGUUUUGUAGUCGAUAUUGAUAUUUUAUAUGGCUUAUUAUACAGAUUGUAUAAUUGUUUUUUAUGAUAGUUUUAGUCUUCAGUGUGAAAAUGGACACCAUUGCUUUGAUAUGAGAACUUCCAGCCAAUCAGCUGCCAGACUUGCUUUUCUGUGUGCGGUGAAUGCAUCCUGCCUUGUGUUAGGAGAUUAUAUUGAAGUUUGAGUGUAAUUAUGAACAAUGAGAUUAUAUUUAUUAAAGAGCAACCAGUAUAAAGCUCGGAUAAAAUCUGCAGAUAUGCUGGUGUCAAAAAUGUACAGCUCUUUUGUUUUUGUUCACUGCAUGGAACUGUUCUGUACCAAUGUCAAAGUGUGCUUUGUUUUCAAGAAAGGUUGAAGCCGUCAUCUAAAUUAGACUAUUGAUGUUAGGAGUUUGGGUGAAAUGUUGGGUGGGGAACAGACUGCUUUUUUUGUCUUCUGGAAGUAAAUAAGUGGUAAAUGCAUAUUUUAGUGUUUUCUUUUAUAUUAUUUAAAUAAGAAAGUCUGAUCUUAGUUUUGAUUCCCGUAUUGAUCUGUAAACCUGACCAGGCUGACACACUGGUGUGAGAUAUUACAGGUCCACACCAAGUCCUGCGUGUGGUUUGCUAAUGAAAAUGAAAUGUUUUCUUUCUCUUCACCUAAGUACAUCUGAGCAAAUUUCCUAGCCUGAAAGGAUAUUAAAUAUACAACAAUAUAUGGUAAUCCUCCGUCCUGAUUUUCAUCAGAAGGGUGAGCUUCCCGUUGGUUUUUGGAGAGUUUCUCUCCUCUCCACCCUCAACACAGUCAAAUUAAUUUACAUCACCAAAAGCUGUAAUGCAAAUUAAGGUAUUUUACUUUAUUAAUAGUAUUCAUAGGUUUGUUUUCAAUUUUGUGGGUUCCCAGUGUAUUUUGAAAAGAAAAUUGUAUUUUUUGUUCAUUUGAAAUUUGGCUUUGCUUGAUUUUAUGUUAAAAAAAAAAAGAAACAUAAAAAUGCUAUCGUUGUAUGAGAAAGGUACAGUAGAUGAGUGGAACAAGGUGUCACGCAAUUCAACUGGCUCUCUGCUCAUGAAGUAUAACCAAACGCGUCUCAUAAGAAGAUACAAACAGUACAUUUAUGUCCUUGUGACCUUGUGUACACACCCUCAAAUUAAAGCUGACAGUCUUUAACUUCAUAUUCAUUGUUUUAUAUGAAAUCCCACGUUUUGGGAGUACAGAGCCAAAACAACAAAUGUUGUUGCACCAUCCAAAUACUUAUGGACUGCACACGUGUAUUGGAUGUUCACACUGACCAACCAAUCAAAUGCUAAAGUUCACUGAUGAUUUUUUUAUUUAUUCAUAAUCAUAAUGUAAAAUCUACUCUCUUAGUAUUCUCAUGUAAAACAUUGCUACAUUACAGAGAAACAACUGAGGAUUUACAGUAGCAGGUAAUGACACUACAUCUGUCAGAAUGAAGGCAUAAGAUUUAUCAAAAUCAAAAGAGAAAAGGCUGUGAGCUACAGACAUCACCGGGCUGGAUGAGAACUCAGGAAGACAGACAGUGGGCCGCUGCAAGCUUUUGUGAGAAGUUAUUGUCACACCUCUGCUCAGCUCGUAAGUUAUACUUCCUGUGUAAAGAGCCACUGAGAGACAGAUAGCUCUGCGUGCGUUUGUGUCAAGUAGAAUGCGAGAAACACGUGAGAAAGCAAAGAGUGCAACAAAAAUAAGGGAUGGGAUAAUAUUUGACUUUGAAGCUGUAUUUGUACUUGUGAAUUGAAUGACUGCCUUAUGUACACAUAUUAUUGCAAUUUGUUUGAUCAUUUUUUUUAGGUGACCAAUAUUAUUAUUGUUAUCUAUUGUACCACUUCAGAAUGAGGGUGGUUUAAUAUCCAGGUUUCAUGGUCUUUAAACUCUUUGAGAUUUACUCAGAACUAUUAUAUUAUUGCCAAAAUGAAACGCAUAUACUGUACUUAAUGGUGUUUUCAUAAAUAAAGCUGUAUUUACCAACCA